GAGAAUAUAUGUAGUAUUUAAAAAAAAUGUCAAAGUUUUCAUUAGCUUAUUUGGGGAUGCAAUGUUUUUGGGGAUCAGAAUCAACAUUUGCUUUAUUGCCAGGCGUUUUAAAAACAAGAGUUGGGUAUUCUGGAGGUACUUCUCCUUCUCCAACAUAUCAAAAUAUUGGGGAUCAUACUGAAAUUGUCGAAAUUCAAUUUAAUCCAGAAUUAACAAAAUUUAAAGAAAUAAUUAAUUUAUUUUAUUCAAAACACAAUUUUACUUUACCCCAAAAAACUCAAUACAAAUCUGUUAUACUUUAUGUUGAUGAAGAACAAAAGAAAAUAGCUUUAGAAGAAUUGGAAAAAGCUAAAGAUUAUCACCAAAAAUAUUGGCUUCGUUGUGAAAACGACAUUUUUAAAGAAUUAAAUUUAACAAAUUCUCAAUUAAUUAAUUCAACUUUGGCAACAAAAAUAAAUGGUUAUUUAAGUGGAAAUUCAAAAGAAGAUUUUAAUUUAUUAAAUAUUUUACAAAAAGAAUAUAAACUUUCUGAUUCUUUAAUUACAAAAAUAAAAGAAAUUGCAACAAAAGGUUUACAAAUUUUUGAAUAA